CACUCAGCGAAAAAGUGCUGACAGGACAACAGCAGAGCCAAACAAACAAAGUUGGUGGCGGUGCACAACAACGACGACGAACGAGGAGCAGACGUGAGGGCGUGCGCCAACCUUCAGCCGAGCAUUGACGCGUCGAACAGUGCGUGAGGGAGAGAAGGAGAAGGUGUAGCUGAAGGAGAUACACGCGCACCCAACGUGAAAGAAUGGCAAAGAAGAAAGUGACAAAGAAGAAGAAAAAGGGGGCAGCGUCGAAGAAGAAGGCUGCCAGUGGACCAUCAGAGCCGAUCAUCCCCAAGGUGUGCACCAACUGCGGCGCACUGUACACGCCAGUGAAGGAAGGCAGCGAGUGCGCACUGUGUGUGCAGGCCAAGGACACUGCCGUCUUGUUUGCGUCGCUAUCGGCGUCCCUCGCCUCCACUGCAGCAGGAUCAGACAUUCAGGACGCCUUGGCACCUCUACCAGAGGAUGGAACUACAAAGGAGGGUGCAGAAGGCUCUGGCGCCACCACAGAAGCAGGGGAUGGAACAAAGAAGAAGAAGCUCAAGAAGAAAGGCAGCACGAAGAAGAAGAAGAAAUCCUCCAUCUCCGGCACAAAGAAGAAGAAGAAGAGCAAAAAGUGACCCUAUAUCGAGAUGUGGCUGCGACACGACAUGACCGUGGCCAGCGCUUGUGUUACCCACGUGCAGUUGACCUGUUCUUGUCAUGCUUCUUCCUGCCCGUUAAUUGAUGGGUGAGCGUGGCGACUCAGCGCUAUCGCGCACACACCCACAUGCUGCUCUGUUACCGUUGUCGUUGUUAUCCUCCCCGCCCUGUCCCCAAUCGGCAGCUCUCUGCUGUACAUUCAUUCUCGCUUGUACACAUUUGUGUGUGUGUGUGUGUGUGUGUG